UCUCCCGCUUCGACUGCCCCGGCUUGCUCUCCUCCCGGCGCGACAGGACCGCUCUGAAGAAUCGGAGGAUGGCCCCUUUCUGCCUUGGGCUCUUGGCUUGCCUGGUGCUGGGACCCUUCGCGGCCAGUGCCCAAGUUGCCCCCUGCCCCAGCGGCUGGCUCUCCUACGAUGGGCACUGCUAUGGUUACUUUGCGCAGGAGCUGAACUGGCAGCAGGCCGAGACCUUCUGUCAAAGCCACAACAGCCACCUGGCCUCCAUCCUGAGCCAGGGGGAGCACCAGGCCAUUGCCGUCUUCUUGAAAGAUGCACAGUGGUGGGAGCAAGAGGACGUCUGGCUGGGGCUCUCCCUCCCACCCCACAGCCAGGCCUGGGCCUGGGUGGACGGCAGCCCCGUGGGCUACACCUCAUGGGAGAAGCAUUUCCGCCGCAACUGGGAGCACUGUGCUGCCAUGGACGACUCAUACGGAUUCAUGCUGUGGGACGACGAAUCCUGCUAUGACAGGAACCCCUUUCUCUGCAAGGUGUAGGCGGGACCCCGGGAGACCUUUCUAGCUGCCGUCUCCUCAGGGGCCCUGCAGGGAGGCAAGCCCCAAAUCUGCAGCCCCCACCCAAGGACAAAGCCCAGAGCUGCCGGCCCACCUGCCCGAUCUUCCAUCCAUCCGUCCACUGUCUUCUCCUCUGCGUC